GUUUUGUCCGUGUGGAGCGAUGCGGUGGAGUAUGGAGGUGUUGAGAGCGUGUGUGGCGUGUUUGUCUGUGUGUGUCUCUUUGGCCAGCGCUUUCUCUCAGUCUUUGGACAGCGACUUUACGUUCACUCUGGCCGCGGGACGCAGAGAAUGUUUCUUCCAGACGAUGAAGAAAGACGCUUCACUGGAGAUCGAGUACCAGGUUUUGGAUGGAGCAAGUCUAGACGUGGACUUCCAGUUAAACUCACCCAGCGGCCACAUCAUAGCCUCUGACUACAGAAAAUCUGACGGGGUUCAUACUGUGGAAACAGAAGAGGGAGACUACAUGUUCUGUUUUGAUAACACAUUCAGUGCGGUUUCGGAGAAAGUCAUCUUCUUUGAGCUGAUUUUGGACAAUAUGGGAGAGGACGAGGAAUCGGAGGACUGGAAAGCGUAUGUGCAGGGAGCAGAUCUUCUGGACAUGAAGCUGGAGGAUAUUAUGGACACCAUCAACAAUGUGAAAUCUCGACUGGGAAAGAGUCUUCAGAUCCAGACACUUCUGAGAGCAUUUGAAGCCCGAGAUCGCAACCUUCAGGAGAGCAACUACGAGCGGGUCAACCUGUGGUCCUGCACUAACGUCCUAGUCAUGGUGAUCGUAUCCGGAGUCCAGGUUUACUUGCUCCGCAGCCUCUUUGAGGACAAGACGAAAACACGCACGUAACCAACUCUAUAGCUACUGACUGAAAAACACACAGACACACACAUCUAACUCUCUCUCUCUUUCUAUAUCCUAUAAAAUUCAGGUCCGUUUUGACCCCUCAAAGUGUCCUUGGACUGAUACUGAUUAUAGCUGGAGUUUCUCAUCCUGCAGUCUCUGUUAUCUCUUUUGAAGACAAUCAUUUUUCUACUCGACUAAGCCGAUGAUAUGAGAGAUUGAGUCUCUAAACUGCUGCUAUGUGGCCGAUAUAACUAGGAAAUAUAUAUAUAUUUUAGUUUUAAUGAUGUAUCAGACUAACAGAGAACUAGUUUUGCAUUGUUUUUGUUUGGAAUGACAUCAUGUUUUAGAACUAGUUACUGAAAUCUUCCAGGCACUGAUAUGGAGACACGUUUCAUAUUUUUGCGUCUGUGUUUAUGAUUAUAGGAUUGACUGUUUUGUACGUUAACCACCCCAGUGCCAAUUCUCUCUCUCUCUCUCUCUCUCUCUCUCUCUCUCUCUCUGCUUUAGCCAUCUGUUACUGAUGAUUAUAUGAGUUUAGACACGCCCAGUUGUAACAGAUGCUGUGACCUCCCUUCUUUAUAACGGUUUUUAAUGGUUAACGACAAUUGUUUUUUUGUUCAGGGCUAUUAAUUUAUUUCUAAAUGCAUUAAAGAUGUUCUGCUCGC